ACAGAAAUGGACCAGAUAGAAUUUCACCAAUUUUUGGAAAGGUGUAUGUUUCAUGUGGAGAACACCGGAUCCAUCCUGACCUGUCCAUUGCUCAGCAAAAGAAACAAAUAUUCCUGAGGAACCUAGAAUCAGACAUUGCCAAAAUUGCCAAAAUUCAAAUCUUCAGCAGCACACAUAAAAUAGAAGCUCUUGUUUUAGAAGUCCAAAGUGACGUUGUAUCUGGAAGCAUGCUUGCUGUGCAUAAACCUGUAGCAAUUUUUGGAGAAGAGAAGCAAGUUACAGAACCAGAAGAAAAGCAAAUGCAAGAAGAUGCUCUAACAAUGGAAAAUGCUUCCAGUGAAAUUCUAGAUUCACACGCAAGAGCUCAUCUUCGAUUGAAGGCUUGUCACACACUUCUCAGGUAUGCCUGGCAGGAAACUUCGCGUGACUUUGAUGAGGAUGACAGUCUUCCAAAGAAAAUGGAAAAAGAGCUCUUUGAAAAUGUGGAACCACAGAAGGAACACAUCUGUUCACCAAAGCAUAGUAAAUUGCACAAGCAUUGCCAUCAGCAGUUCGAAUACAGAGAUGGGCAGAUUAUAAGCCAUGCUGCUCCUCAGCUAGUCUUGGGGGUUCAAGGUCCCAAUCUCCGGUCAGGCAUGGAGGUGGUUUUGGUGGAGAAGAAAUCUGAUGGUAGUCAUCAGCACUGGAUACACCAGGAAGACAGCAGGACCUUUCACCUGGUGAGUAACCCUGACCUUGUGCUGGCGGUCUCUAUGACCAAGACUAGAAAUGAAGUUUGUGGCUGUCCAGUUAUUGUUCAGAAAUAUAAGCCAUACAACAAUGGAGCUGCCAAUCACAAGUGGCAUUACAUGAAAAAUGUAAAAGCACUUGUGGCUUUUCAUAGCACUGCUUUGGAUAAGGAAAUUACAUCAGCAAAUUACGCUGGUGUCUGUACAUCAUCUGUGAUUAAAGAAGAAAACAUUGAUCAACCAGGAUACUGUUCUCUCUCACCUGAUGGAAAGAGAAAAGCUAUGCUCUGCUUGGCUUGUGGACAAUCCAUGAGAACAGAGAAAGGACUGAAACAAUUGCUUCCAGGUGUUCCAUUCCUCUGUAUUUCAGGCACCAAGACUCAGAAGCCCUUCUUACAAGGGCCCUUCAAGGUCAUCAGUGUGGCUGAGAUUGAUUUGUCAUGUGACAAGGCUGAAAAAACUCUAAGUUAUUACCGAGCACAUCUAUUGUCUUUACAGAUGAAGACCUGCACGCAAGCUGCAUCUCACAGUACCAUGGCAGCCACACACCAGAAGGCAGUGAAAAUAAUUGCAUACAAAAAUUGGGAUGGAUAUUGCAAUGGGAAGUUAAUUGUGGCUGGAACAUUCCCCAUUCUUCUUACAGAAUGCACGGAACAACCUGGGCUUGCCAGAGCGGCCUCCAAAGUAUAUACCAAAGAUGGAACCCCAAUCUUUACCUUGCGUGGUUUGGUUUUAUGGGCUCUAGAUGAAUCCUUGCUCCAGAGAGACUCUGAGAAACAAAAGCAAGAUGCAGCUCCUGUUGGAAAAGAACAGAUAAUCGUUGAAAAAAAUCCAAGAAUGAAAGUGAAAAACGGAUUAUUUGCAAAACCUGUGACAUCUGAUAGUUUGGAUGGUAUAGACAAGUCUUUGCUUAUCCUCAUCCUCAGAAAUCCUAUUGCCAUCUGGGUAUCUUGUGGUGAACCAUUUCUACCUCCAAAUGCUUUGCAGAAAGCAGAAAAAUUAGAGAAACAGAACUGGCUAAAAAAGGACAGAAUUUUGGCUGAUCUAGAUAUUGUGAGACACAAAAUGAGACAGUUAAAAGGGCGGCGAGUAGCGGCAUGUCAGCCAGCCACCAUGGUUCCUACCAAGAGCCCUGUGCAGCCCGUGGUGGUUGAAGGAGGCUGGACCGAACAGACUCAAGAGGAAAUUAAACUCAUGGAACUUAGAAGACAUACAGAGGCACACCUUUCUGAAAUUCAAGAAAUGGAAUCCAAAAUAAAUUUUCCAAUUGCAACCAAAUGUAUAGCAGUCAAGCCGAGCAACCUGUAUAAGCAGCCCAACACAAAACAAGUGUGGAUUUAUCUAAAUGGAGGCAGACCUGAAGAUGACACUUAGGCCUGGGGCAAAACUAUUUCAGAGCUGUUGCAAGACUGCUCCUCUCGUCUCAAAAUGACCCACCUAGCUAGAGCACUGUACACUCCCAAUGCAGCGCCAAUUCAGUCCUGGGACGACAUAGAGCGAGAUAUGGUUAUCUGUGUGUCUAUGCGACAUAGUUUCAAAACCCCAAAAGAGUUAAAACAACUGAUGGAGAUCAGAGCAAAUUAUGCGAGAAUCCGAAGGCAGCAGGGCCCUCAAGCCACAGACAUUGUGGUGUCACCAUCCAUGAAGCUGCUGUCUCUGGCACAUCUCCACCAUUAACUCCUACCAGAACCAUUGGAUUUUCUGCUGUAUUUUGCUGGUAUAGCUAUGUGCACAUACUCAUGUUUGUUAUGACAUUAUGAUUAUUUAUCUUUUAUUUUCAUGCAGUUCCCCCC